CACUCGACUCCGAGCCGCGCUCCCUCUCGCACUCGGGUUCAGCGAAGCCUCCGAUGAACACCGCGCCAGAAACUCGCUGCGAUCGUAGCGCUGUCUUUUGCAUCUCACGAUAGCAACAGUUCCGGGGAUUUUGUGUUUUUUUUUUCUUUCUUUCUCAUCCCUCCUCGAGUCGAUUUGUUGCGCUAAUAGUAGUAUUAUUUUAUAUGUAUACUGUAAACGCAUAUGUUUAUUGUGUAGUUUUGAGUUUGACGACGAAGAUGCCGGUUAUGAAAGGGUUGCUGGCUCCCCAGAACACUUUCCUGGACACCAUCGCGACGCGCUUCGAUGGCACUCACAGCAACUUCGUGCUGGGCAACGCGCAGGUGCCCAACGGCUACCCCAUCGUCUACUGCUCGGACGGCUUCUGCGAACUGACGGGCUUCUCGCGCGGCGAGGUCAUGCAGAAGAACUGCGCCUGUCGCUUCCUGCACGGCGACGAGACGGGAGAGAUCGCCACGCUGCGCGUGUGGGAGGCUCUGGAGGAGAAGCGGGAGUUCAAGACCGAGGUGAAGCUCUACAAGAAGGACGGAACCCCGUUCAUGUGCCUUGUGGAUAUUGUCCCAAUAAAAAACGAGAAGGGGCAGGUGGUCCUCUUCUUAGCCUCCUACAAAGAAAUCUCAGAUAAGAAGGUCAAGUUUGCUGUGGACAGCGAUGGUGACAGUGACGAGGAUGGCCAGCCUGUGGCGCACAAGAGGAGGGACGGUGGUGCCCUCGGGGCGAAUUUCAACCCGAAUCGCCGUCGCAGCCGAGCGGUGCUCUACCACCUCUCUGGACACCUGCAGAAGCAGGACAAAAACAAGCUGAAGAUCAAUAAUAACGUUUUUGGCGAAAAGCCUUCACUGCCCGAGUACAAGGUGGCAGCCAUCCAGAAGUCUCGCUUCAUCCUGUUGCACUACGGCACGUUCAAAGCAGGCUGGGACCUGCUUAUCCUUCUCGCCACAUUCUACGUGGCUGUGACCGUGCCCUACAAUGUUUGCUUCUCCGAAACCGUUGAGAACAUAUCGGACCCGCGUAGCACGGCCGUCGUUGACAUCUCCGUGGAGAUUCUCUUCAUCAUUGACAUUUUGCUCAACUUUCGCACAACAUAUGUGAGCAAGUCGGGGCAAGUAGUUUACGAUGGGCGCUCUAUCUGCGUGCACUACGUAACCACCUGGUUCUUCAUCGACCUCAUUGCUGCGCUGCCCUUUGACCUCCUCUAUGCAUUUAAUAUCUCUGUGACAACGUUGGUGCACCUGCUGAAGACGGUGCGACUGCUCAGGCUGCUGCGACUGCUGCAGAACCUCGACCGCUACUCGCAGUACAGCACGGUGGUGCUCACCCUGCUCAUGUUCAUGUUCGGUCUGCUCGCUCACUGGAUGGCGUGCAUCUGGUACAAGAUCGGCAGAGCGGAGAUCGAAACCAAUGACCGUCACAGCUGGGACAUCGGCUGGCUGCACGAACUGGGCAAGAAGUUGGAGACACCGUUCCACACCAACAACACGGGCGGAGGUCCGUCCACACGCAGCGCCUACAUCGCCUCGCUCUACUUCGCUCUCAGCAGCCUCACCAGCGUGGGCUUUGGCAACGUGUCGGCCAACACCGACGCCGAGAAGAUAUUCUCCGUCUGCGCUAUGCUCAUCGGAGCGCUGAUGCACGCGGUGGUGUUUGGGAACGUGACGGCGAUCAUCCAGCGUAUGUACUCGCGCCGCUCGCAGUACCACACCCGCACCAAGGACCUCAAGGACUUCAUCCGCGUGCACCGCCUGCCUAAGCAGCUCAAGCAGCGCAUGCUCGAGUACUUCCAGACCACGUGGUCCGUCAACAACGGCAUCGACACGCACGAGCUGCUCAAGGACUUCCCAGACGAGCUGCGUGCAGACAUCGCCAUGCACAUGAACAAGGAGAUCUUGCAGCUUGCCAUCUUCGAGUCAGCAAGCCGCGGUUGCCUGCGCUCCCUCUCGCUCAGCAUUAAACCCUCGUUCUGUGCCCCUGGGGAGUUCCUCAUUCGCCAGGGGGAUGCACUCCAAGCUUUCUACUUUGUCUGCUCCGGCUCCAUGGAGGUGCUCAAGGAUGACAUGGUGCUUGCCAUUCUGGCAGGCAAGGGAGACCUCAUUGGCUCAGACCUAAGCAGCAAGGACCAGGUGCUGAAGACCAAUGCAGAUGUGAAGGCCCUCACCUACUGUGACCUGCAGUGCAUCCACCUGCGGGGCCUCUACGACGUCCUUGACCUCUACCCCGAGUACUCGCACCAAUUCCACGAGGACAUCCAGGGCGAGCUCACCUACAACUUGCGUGAGGGCCGAGAGGCACAGGCGGAGGCUCAGGGGGGCGUGUUCCAGAACCUUCCGUCAAUUUUGGAGGAUGAGGAAGACGCCGAAGGGGGCGACGAGGACGAGUUGACGCCGCUGACUGUGCGCCGCCUCACGUUAAGGCACAGAUCGGCGAGUGCGAGUCACAAACCUAAUCCGUUGGCAACAGGAGGAAGACCCCAAGUUGCGGAAAAUGGGGCCUUAUCCGCCGCUACAGCAAUUCCAGGAAGAUUAGCGAUGUUAGACGGAAUCCGGAGUGGCCUGAAGCCAGAUAAUCUGAGGCUCCCUGGGACUGUGCCAUGCUGCGGCGUACCAGAGCUAAGCCCAAGAUUUGUUGAUGGGAUUGAAGAUAAUGGCAACACACCAGUGAAGCAAAGAUUUGAGUUCCUGUACAAGGACCAAAGGCAAGAUGUUGGCAGUACCACCUCUACCAUAGGAGCGGACACGGCGCGGAUGAGUCCUGGGGCGUUAUCGCUGCCACCAGAAGAGCCCAACAAGAGCAUAGUCCGGCUCAACCAGGAGAUGUCAAGCUUGACCAAGGAGGUCACACAGCUAAGCAGAGACCUCAGGAACAUCAUGGAGCUCCUCAAGGGGCUGAUGCAGCUCCACCACAACCCGGCCCAACAGUCGCAGCACACCUCCAGCGUCACGCCCUCCACGGACACACCACCGUCCUGGCCCAACUCCACCCCGGCGGGCAGCAGCAGCUUUGACAGCGUCCUCGCUCACGGCUCCGUUAGCUCCCAGCCCAUUCCGCAAACUCCACCGUUCUCCGAGCAGCAGCAGCAGCAACGGAAAUCACGUGACACAUCACCGUUUGAUCGCGACGCUCAGACCCUAACACAGGAGCAGGAACUGCUUCUCCAUCAGCCGCAGGAGCGAAACUAUUCCGUGCCACUGAAUAAGUCCGACGUCGGUGGUGUGGUUGGACAGAUGUUGAGUGACGAAAACGAGCUGAAACACAGUGGAGGUCAGGAGAACCUCACGGCCUCUGUGCACUCUCUCGCUUUCAAUGCUUCUAAGGGACCCACGCGUAGGCCUUCACUUAGCGAAUCCAUAACCGGUUUAACUUUUCGGGGAAGUGAACCUCAGGUUGUGAAUGCCGGCACGGAGUCAGACGGUAGCAGUGGUGCGCUGGGAAACCUGGCCAUGAUUCAUAAUCCUGAAGAAACCUCGGAGGAGCUUCUGGUAUAUUCUACAGAAAUGGCAGCAAUGGGCAACUCUAAGACUACGACUGUCGUGAACAUGAUCGAUGCCAUAGAUUUCAUUGACGACGAAGGGACAAGUGUGUGAACGGAUUGCGAGCGGUUUUUUUGAAAACUGUAGUUGUGGGAAUUAAUUUGGCUUGUUUUUAACGUGUUCUUCUUUGUUGCAACUUCGGCGUCACCUUCUCACGACGAUGUACAUGGCACCUGUUGGGCAGGUGUAAAGUGCAUUUGAGGCAAAUAAAUGUACUUUAGAAACUACUGGAACUUACAUGUAUGUAACUGUUGGGGAAUUUUAAAUGUGGAUACUUUAAGAGAAUGACAUAAUUUAAACACAUGUAAACUUUUUUUUCCACAGAUCAUGCUUUUGUAAUAAGCAUUGAUUUAAAAUGCAUUGCAUGUGUCCUGUAAAACUACCUUAAUGUACCGAUCAAAGACAACGAUAUUGAUUGGAACUGUAUAACUUCCAAAGGCUAUUUUUAUAUCAUUGUCAUGAUCCUUUACACUAAGAUAAGAAGAAUAUCGUGUCUUGCCUUCAGAAUGAACGGUAUUUCAAAGCAGACUGGUUUAUUUUAAAAUGCAAUGAUUGAAAACUAAAAGUUUAACUUUUUCAUACAUACUCUUUGGUUCUUUUUCAUACAUAUUUUGGGAAACUGCAAAUGCCUGAUUCGGGAAAAAACAAUGACUUUUUUGCAAUCCGUGCUGGAGUAUGAGCUGAAUGAAUAUUCUCUCAAUGCCAAAAUAUAUACAUGUAAAUACUCAGGUGAGGUAUAAAAUAUGCCACUGAUUACAAUAUCAUUGUCCCGGUAAUGUGGGGUAUUUUUUAUCCUAAAUUAUAAAGUCAGUAAUGAAAGCUUUACAUAAAACACCCAUUCAUGUUCAUCCUCCUUAAAAUUAUUUCGACGUUUCGCUGAGCGUGCUGGGACCUUCUUCAGGCACUGAACCGGUAACGUUCCCAGAACACAGAGCAAAGCGUUGGAUACCGCGCCAAGCGGUGCAGCGCAGCCGAGAAAAACCUACCACGCAAGCAGUAUUUUUUUUGGCAUUUGGUUCAUUUUUUUUUUAAAUCUUCCCAGUGUUCGUGUGUUCCAGCUCCCUGGCUUGAAGAGCAGUGAGGCACAGUGGUGCACAGCUGCGCACCGGUGACAUGCUAGGUGGGGGAUCUCAGGAAUACUGAUCACUUCCCCACCAACUCGGCUGCAAGAAAUUCAAACGAUCACGAGAUGAAGCGACCCCAAAAUUGAUGGAUGAAAAUGUGUGGGGGCAUUUUUUUGCGUACAAAACAAUUCUUUUAUAUACGACUGCCCAGAUGUAGCAUUCCGAAUAGCCAAACUAUUUAGAAGGCACAUAUUAUUCCUCACUUGUUGAAAUAUACAUGUACAGAUAUAUACAGUAUGCAAAUACUGUAUCAGUGUAUGUAAACAUUUACAUGCAUCUAUUGUAUAUUUAAACUGCCACUUAAGUGCCUUCAAUGUUAGCAAUUUGUAAGUUAACUCACCAUAGUCGUCCUACUUGUAGUUUAAAGUGGUAUAUUUUACUGUAAUAGGAUUAUUCUGUUCCUAAAAUAUGUUCUGCACACUUUGUGGACAAUUUCAUGUGGUGCCUGCGGUGUUUAAGCAUGGCAUGUUUGUGGGUGUGUUUCAUUUAUUAGGUACGAGUGCGUCAGUGAUUUACCUGUCCUAGUUAUCAAUAUAUUGUUUUAAUGUUGUUUAUAAUGUUGUUGACGUAGUCUUACUGUGUAGACAAAAUCUAACAAAUGCUAAUUAUUCAAUUAUUUCUAAUGUUUGUAACAUUUCUUUGACAGCAGCGUUAAUGCAUUGAAGUACACUGCAUGUAACGUGAUAAAUGUAUUGUUUAGUGUCCGUUUUCUUUGCAUGUACAUCUGUGCCUUUAAUAUCACCUACCCAUAAAGCUGAAUGUUUAAGAGCCCUCCUGUUCACCACAAGUAUGGAUUAUGUGCUGAUAGUUGUUAACUCUGCCUCAUAUCCAACGAGUUAGACACAGAAAGGGCUUGUGUAUGGCCUAAAGAUGUUUCACUCUUCCUCGUUCCAUAUUACAGUAUAAUGUAGAGUGGGGGAAAAAAACAGUAAUCUGUAUUCUGCUGACAAAAAUAUUACCAUACGAAGAAACGAUAUAUAUAUUUUAAAACUUAAGUCUAAAUUAAAAAAAGAUAUAAUUGUCGGUUAAACACAUACCAAUCUCAGGCAUAUUGUCAGAGGCAGAUUUGAAAACCUUGCAUUUAAAAUACAUUUCUCUCAAAAUGCAACUCUUUGGUUACGACAACUGUUCUCUGAAAGAGAAAACCUUUUUGCACAUUACAUUUAUUUUCCCAGUGUUAGACAGAAAUAUACCAAAGUAUUUUAAUAUAGAUAUUAAUUUUAUAAUUACACAAUUUUACUGUGACUCCAUAUUUGGGUCAAAUAUUGAUGUAUGGGCAUUUCAAUAUGUUUAACGUAUCACGUAGAAAAAUGUUUACCUAUGGAUUUCACCAGAAUUCUAGUAAAGUGAUUUAAUUAGAUGCCGCUUGACUGUAAUAACGGUCAACUUGCAUUUCUCGUGAACACAAUCGGGAGUAACAACAUACAGUUCGUACAAUCCUCUAUGAAUCUAUAAAUUCCUGAAGUCAGUUUUCCAUAAAGUGAGAUUGUUGAUGGAUCGGUUAUAUCUGAACCUAUUUAUGUUGUCAUGGUCCACUCUCUACGUAGUUUUGUAGGUGGCUGGACACCCUUGGCAAUGAGUAUGAUCGCUACUGGGGCAGUUUGACAAGAAUGGCUGCAUCACACUGACACGCUGCGAUUUUCCGCAGACAAUCACCAAAGUAAACUGACGACUGUUAAGUGGACAUUUGUCACAAGGUUUGGACAUUCAGUGUCAAGUUUCACAGUCCAAAAUGCCUUUAGCAACAACAACAACAACAAUGACACGUGAUUUUUUUUUGCACGUGUUUUUUGUUUCCUAUGGUUGGUAAAAAAGAAACGGAGAUUCUUGGCUCUGGACUCAUUGAAGGUAGAAAAUUAGUGAUGUGGUCAUUUUGAGUGUUUCCAUAAAUUUGUGGUUUUGAAAGUGCAUGAUGAAUAAUUUAUGCUGGUCAGAUUUUCCCACAUUCGCAUGGAUCAGAGGGACUAAAGAUUCACCAAUAAGUGGAUGCAUUGCAAGUGUGACAUGAUGUGCACCCAUAGCACUCUUAGGCGAAAGUGUGGGAGGUAAUCUGACAGUUUUGCUUUUUUAUGAUAUAGCUGAUAUAUACAACAUGAUGUUAUAUCUUGUUUAAUAGUAUAAUUUCCACAUCUCUCUUGUACGUUUGAACAUUAGGUUAUUGGGUAGCAUUUCAAGCCUUAGCAGACUCCAUGAAACAAUGUCCACAACAAUGCGGAAACGUUAAUUUCGUCUCUAUAAAAGGAUAACAAUGUCGUACAGCCUUGCGACGUCAGACGCAUUCUCGCCAUGAUUUUCGUGACAUUUUCCAUUGCAGACGUGCCCUAACGCCACCCUUCCACGCGCCAAAGCCAGGUCUCUCCCUCUGCCCCCUAUCUCAACACUCAAAGCAUAUCCUGUUUAUUCAUAAACAUUCGUCACUCACGCCUCAGGUGCAUCCUUCAUGCGCGUUGUCAUUCAUCAUUCCAUGUAUUACCACCCCUCCUCCAUGCCCUCCACUGCAAUCUGAGCACAAAAACUGCUCGGCUAUAGAACGUCCAACAGUUUGGCCAUCUUUACAAAAUCCACAUACCACACAUUCCUCCUUGCAUCCUUCAUUCUUUAACAUGUCAUCUCACUGGCAGCUUUAUUGUGCUCUUAGAUACGGUAGAUACCAAUUAUUUGCCUUCCCCUAACCCCAUAUGUAUGUUGAACUUCUUUCGCACCGUACGUAGCCAACCGUGCUAAUCGGAGGUGUCUAAAUGUUGUCUUUUCGAAUUAGCUCUCUCACAUUAAGUCUGUCCUAUCCUCUGACCUAUCUACUGUAUGCUCCGUUGUUCAAUUCCUAAGGAGAAGCUCCCGUAAUAUUCCUGUAGUAUAUCGGCGUCAAAUGUAUUAUCUCGCCUACGGUUUGCGAACACUUAUUUAUCCGCAGAAUAAUUGACAAUAACCUCACCUCUUUCUUUAUUUUCAUCUUACAGAUUGCCUCCUUCAACCCAUCGCUGAUGUCGCACACACACACACACACGCACGCGUGCACGCACCACCUCAUCGCUCGCCUCCGACUCUUCAGUUGGCAAUCCCAGGUCCUCGCCGCUGUCUUCACCAGCGAUCACCACGCGUGACCAACGCAAUCACGCGCGUCUCCCCCUGUAAACACGCGGUUAUUGUCCACGGAGAUAAUCGCAUCCCCCCCCCCCCUCAUUUAUUCUCACAUAGCUGCUCAGCAGCAAGGGCUUCAUGCAGUUACAGCCCACGACGUAACGCCUCGUCGUCCCUUAUUUACCUUCUCUACCUUUUGUGACCCUGCAAACACGGGCAAUUUCCUCCGGCUCAACCCCCCACGGCUCGUGCAAUUUCCGUUAACUACUGCACCCCACUAGGUUACCGACGUCAUCAGCAGCCGUGAUCAAUCCAAAGCCAUUGAGGGUCUAAACAUCUCGCCUGGAGUACCGGAGGUCGUGGGUUCGAUCCUGACGCUUCGAUAUUUGGAGUGUGUACGCUUCUCCCUGUGGUCGUGUGGAUUGUUCUCCGGGUCCAACCAGCUUUUCCCUCCACAUUUAGAAACGUUGCGUUUAAAGUAUUUGCCCGCUAUGAACAUUUCCACACGAUAAGCCACUUGGUCGAGCUGUCAUUUGUGGCCAGGUCACUUCUGAAAAAGAGCUAUAUAGCUCAGCGGGCCUUACCUCGUAAAAAAAAAGUUUCGUUUCUAGUUUAUUGCCACAUCUCACGAUCCUGUGAUGCGACGAUCCAUCUUAGCAGCUGGCACACGAGCUGAUUUCAUCCAUACGUCUCUUCAGUGGGGUGUGCUGUCACUCCAUAAUUUAUCGCGAUGGUCACAGUCAUCAUCCCUUCCGCCAUCAUGCCCUCCACAAGCCUCGCCAACUUUGAUUUUGAGUUCAAAUGAAGUCCGCCUUGCCAUGAGGUCGUACUUGAUCUCCCGUUUUCACCCUCAAGACGGUGAACCCGAGUCUGCCAGGUCAUUCAUCUGCUGUCCACAGCUGUUUUCUGCACCACUUCUCACCGUACUCAAAGCUGAUUGCGCCGGGGGUCGCACACACCACUGACUCGCGGUGUUUCGCACCUCUGAUUAGCACGGUUGGCUAUGUACGGUGAAAAAGAAAUAUUUCCCUUCAUCGUUACCGGCAUUGUGCCCUCCCACAUCCCAACACAACAAUCUUGUUUAUUUGGCUCACGUUAUAUCGAAGACUCGUUCCUUCCUGUUCCGCUCAAGACUCACAACCGCUGACUCACCGUCUGGCUCUCGAUCCUCCUCUGUCUCUCUCUCGCUCUCUCCAAGGUUUCUCUUCACCUGUUAUUCAUCCGGAUUGUCCUUCACCUCUCUAGUGCACUCUUGCUUCCUGAAGCCCACCUGCCUAGCUUUUCACACAUACUCCACACCUCUCAUUUCCCGAGGCCACAUUAACCCCAUGGCUUUGGAUUCCGGAACAAAGUCACAGCUGAGAGCACCCCCCCCCCCCCCUCUUGAGUGGCCACCGUUGCCAGCCCUGUUUCCUGUGCAACAGCUCAACAAUAACGUCACCAUGCAGAUGACUGACGCACGCCAUGACGACCGUUCGUACACCUGCAUGGUCCUGCUGAAAUGCGCGGCGCACAAUUUGUCCCCCACGUGGUUGCCGGGAGCAUCAAUGCCCACAGUCAUCGGCAGCAUUCUCAGAAUUAAAAAAAAGCCCAGAGAUAAUUUGACAAUUUUGCUGUUUCCUUUUCGAUGACAACUGGAAAAGAUUAUCUUGUUUUGUCUUCUUAUUUAACAGUGCAUGUCCACUGCUGUCUCGUAUUUUGAACGUUAGUCUAUUGUGCAGUAUUUCAAGCCUCAGCAGUCCCCACAAUGCAAUGUUGUGCAACUUUUGAGUGUUUGCAAACCCUUGCCACGACUCCCACCAGUCUCGAAGGAUGUAUCCAACCCCACUUUGUCAGUGUUCUGUAUCUAUUUUGAACUUCUUUCGCACCAUAACUAGCCAAACGUGCUAACCGGCGGGAUGGACAACAAACUAAACACGAAAAUAAGUUCUAAAGAAAUGAGUUUUUAAUCUAGAUUUGAAAGUGCAUAGCUCCAGUGGAUUCCUAAUCGCUCCAGUGGUUCUCGCACCACCCGACCCCAUGUCUUCACCAGCCACGUCUCCACAUGCUCACACUGAAUCUCUGUCUCCCUCUCACCAAGCUCACCGACACUUUUAGGUAUCUACGCUAAGCUGCAUCAACAUUCACUCUUAUCCUUAUUAAACACAAUACAGAAUAAUGCAUCGAAUUGGGACCCAUGUCUACCUAUAAAUAUUUGCCAGAGUUCACCAGAAUUGGUUAAAGCGAGCCUGGUUGCUGACGAAACCACUUAUUGUCGAAAUUGGUCCAAUGCUGCUGAAAAAAAAUUAUUGCCAGAAGGUUGUGUGGCUGAUGGGAUGUGUAUUUUAUUCAUGCACUGUGUGAAAGGACAUACAUGGGAAGGAGGCACGUUGUCUGCUCAUCUAUUGCGUUAACUUUCCAUCCAUAACCUAUUAAGUCCCCAUUCUGCCCUCAUUCACAUUACCCAGCAGAUGCCACAUUCAUUUGCGUGGUUAGAAAUUAUUUAUCAUGGUUCCAUAAAAAAUUUCAUACUAAAAAAUGCAAACUCUCCCGCGAUGAUAAAACUCUCUCCUUUUUCAGUCCGCUUGUCCAGGUGAGGGUUGCGGCGGUCACGUGUUGAGUAGUGGCGGUCCAGACCUCCCUUUCCCUGGCGACAGACUCCAGCACUGCAUUACUAUACACUACUACACUACACUAUACACUACACUAUAUAAUACUAUACACUACUCUACAUUACUAUACACUACUACACUACACUAUAUAUUACUAUACACUAGUAUACACUACUAUACAUUACUAUACACUACUACACUACACUAUACACUAUAUAUUACUAUACACUAGUAUACACUACUAUACAUUACUAUACACUACUACACUACACUAUACACUUUAUAUUACUAUACACUAGUAUACACUACUAUACAUUACUAUACACUACUACACUACACUAUACACUAUAUAUUACUAUACACUAGUAUACACUACUAUACAUUACUAUACACUACUAAACUACACUAUACACUAUAUAUUACUAUACACUAGUAUACACUACUAUACAUUACUAUACACUACUACACUAUACACUAUAUAUUACUAUACACUACUAUACACUACUAUACAUUACUAUACACUACUAUACACUACACUAUACACUACUAUAUACAGACUCUAGCUCUUCCUGGGCAAUUCCCAGGCGUUGUUCCCAGGCCAGCCGAGCGACACUAUCCCGCCAGCGUAUCCUGGGCCGGCCCCGGGAUCUUCGCCCAGUGGGACGUGCUGCCCGGUAAAGUUCAAGGGGGAGUCUGGCAUCGUUUCAGCAAAACGCUCAACCGAAGCAGUAGCUACUGACUUAUUGCAAAUUCUCCCAUGAUAUCAAGAUGUAAAUUUUAGAAAAAAAAUAUGCAUCGUUUCGUACAAAACACUCACCGGAAGUAGUAACGACUGACUUAUUGAUGGGAAAGUAAAACACAUUAGAGCGAACUUCACUCUGCUGUCACGAAAAUGGUCAUUAUAUGUAAAUCUCUCAAUGUUUGAAUCAAAGGUCUGUUAAGUAUUUACUCAUGUAAAUGUGUAUGUUAUCUUUAAUGCUGGAUGAUAACACAUGGCUAACAAGUGUAUGUGUAAAUAGCAGUAAUGCUAUACGCUUCAUUGGAAAAUGUGUUUAUUUGCAUGGAAUGAGUAUUUUGGGACGUUUCAAAAAAG